CCUAUACUAACACACAACCUAAGAAUAAUGAGAAUUCUUAUUCUGUCACUUUUUUACUACUCUUCACAAUUGGUUCUUGCAGCCAAUCCCACCUACAAUGUGCAAUCCUAUGGUGCAAAAUCCGAUGGAAAAUCCGAUUGCACCAAGGCCUUUCUGAGCGCUUGGGGCGCAGCGUGUGCCACCACGGCCGCGUCCACCAUAUAUGUGCCACCGGGGAGGUACCUCUUGCGAAAUGCGUAUUUCAGUGGCAGUCUGUGCAAAAACACAGCCAUAACCAUACGUAUUGAUGGGACUCUUGUAGCUCCCUCUGAUUACAAUGUAAUUGGAAAUAUUGGGAGCUGGUUGAAGUUUGAAAGGGUCACCGGAGUUUCUAUCUAUGGAGGAACCCUAGAUGGCCAAGGGACCAAAUUGUGGGCUUGCAAGAACUCCGGCAACAACUGCCCUAAAGGCGCUACCUCAUUAGCAUUCUACAAUUCGAACAACAUACGGAUCAACGGUCUAGUGUCGUUGAACAGCCAAAUGUUCCACAUUCUCCUUGAUGGAUGCCGGAAUGCAAAUCUGGCGAACGUGAGAGUAUCAGCCCCGGGGAACAGCCCCAACACCGACGGGAUUCACAUACAUCAGUCAUCUGGUGUUACCAUCAUCAAUUCACACAUCGCCACAGGCGACGACUGCGUCUCCAUCGGCCCUGGCGCCUCCAACUUAUGGAUUGAGAACCUCGGCUGCGGCCCCGGCCACGGAAUUAGUAUUGGAAGUCUAGGUUGGGAUAUGAACGAAGCCGGAGUGAAAAAUGUGACUGUAAAAACAGCUACAUUUACCGGAACCGAAAAUGGUGUGAGGGUGAAGACAUGGGCAAGGCCUAGCAACGGAUUCGUUACAAAUGUUGUGUUUCAACAUCUAGUCAUGGUUAAUGUCCAAAAUCCUGUUAUCAUUGACCAGAAUUACUGCCCCGACCACCAAGCUUGUCCCCAUCAGGGUUCGGGUGUGAAAAUUAGCAAUGUACGAUAUGAAGAUAUACAUGGAACAUCCGCGACACAAGUUGCAGUAAAAUUCGAUUGUAGUCAAACGCGGCCUUGCAGUGGAAUCAGGCUGGAUGAUGUGAACCUCACCUUCAGAGACAAACCAGCCACCGCGUCGUGUUCCAACGCCGGUGGCUCUGCUGAUGGAGUUGUCAACCCUACCAGCUGUUUAUAAGUUAUUACUAAUAUAUACCUACUGAGGCUAAUUAAUUAGAUUAUAGGGCAUACUUUUACUUUUAACAAAAGUAAUUAGAAAGAAAUUUAUGCAUGACAUGUAGAGACUUCAUUUUACAUGACAUAAGGAAAAACGAAAACGCAUGUGGCUGAAACGUAGCCCGGCUACGGUUUGUCGAGAUAAUCAUUGGAGUGAUGUAAAAUGUGUUAUCAUCAAUUUAUAAUUUAUAUGUAAUGGUUUUACUUUGCAAUGAAGGAAGCUGUAUGUUUACUUUAUUUUUUUGUUUUUUCUACUCCAUGUUAACUGUUUGAGUUA